GCUCUUCGAUUUGAAAUCAGCUGUCCACGCGUUCCAUGUUCCACUGGAAAGGAACAAUGCGUACAUCAGCGUACAUCCAACAUGAAUUGAAUGUAAAGAAUCAACAACGAAUAAAUUUUUAAUAAUUAAUCUGUGAAUUUCAAUGUUUGUGCCUAUACAUUAAUGAAAGGCUAAACUUGUUGUUUGAAAAAAUGACGUCAGUACAAGACCGGCUGAAAUUAAAACGAACCUAUGACAAUUGGAGUACCCGCGAACAACUAUGUUUAGCAUCCAGUGUAUUGAAGUCUGGUGACCAAAAUUGGAUGAGCGUGUCAAGAUCCUUGAAGGCAAUUGUUGAAAAAGAAACAUUAAGGCCACCCGAUUGGUUUUCUCAAAAGUCUUGUGCCAUUCAGUAUGCACAUUUAUUAGAAAAUGCGGAUACUCCUAAGAGAAAAAAGAGAGAGAGUGGCGAAACAACUGGUGAAUCCAUAGUUAGAAAGCUAACACAGGAAAGAAUAACUGAAUUAGGACAAAUAUUGGCCUUCCAAAGAGAUGAGUACCAACAACUUAAAGCUGAAAUAAAUAUGUUAAAAUCAGGACCUAUAACAGAAGAUAAAUUACAAAAAAUGUGGCUUGGUAUCGAACAGGAAGAACGGGAGCAAGAACAAAAAGCAAGGGCCCAUUCGGCAUGGCUAGCCAAACGUCAACAAAAGCAAGAAUUGAAUUCACCGCAAGGAACAUCUGCUAUAAAUCAACGUAGAUCUACCGAUACUUCUCUAGAACUUCAAGAAACAACAGAAGCAACUGACGAGGAUGAAAAGAAGGGUAAAGGAGGGAGAUCGCCUUUACUAACAAGUUUAUUGAAAUCACCAAGUCCUACCACACAAAUUCAGACAUCAACUACAACAGCACAAGCAAGCUCUCCUACAAUUACAAGCCUACUUGGUUCUAGCCCUAAGGUUCCAAAUACUCAAUUGACGCAGAACGUUUCCCCACAACUACAUCAAUUAGUUUCUUCAACAAUUACAAAUGCACCACCAGAGAGACCAUCAGUUGGUGCCCCGACUUUAUCAAUGUUGCUUGAAAUGCCUACUAAUGCACAACGAGGUCCCUUACCAAAUUUACAGACAACGUCAACUAUUGUAUCGCAACAGAACGUGCCUACAGAAGUUCAUACUUUACAAACACAACCUGUUCAUCAAGUAACAAUUCAAAAUGAGACACCAAUGCCUGCUCAAUCACUUGCCAUUAAUCCACCAAAUAGUCCAAUUACGGAGAGUAUGGUACACAUAAUAAACAAUAUAGACGUAAUAAAUGCAAUACAUAAAGAUAUCGCAGAUGUAAUAGACAAAGAUGAAAUUAACGAAAUUAUUGGUGAUAUAGAAGAAUUAAUAAAGGAAGAAAUAACUGGGAGUCCACAAACUCUAGACACAACUACUACGCCAAUUAAUAGUCUUACUGUACCCCAAAUUCAAGAAGUCCCAGUUGUUACGGAACGUCCAGAGCCUAGAGAUGUAGAUGAAGUUGUGUCGCUCUCUAAUUCACCAGAGAGCGAAAUGGCUAUUGAAGAAAUCGAUUCUAGCACAUCGAACAUUGCAGAAAUCAUAGGGACAGUUGCUAUUGAACCACAAGAACCUAAAGUUAUUGUUGCUGAAAUAUCUGAAACUGUAUCUAGUACAUCCGAGCAAGUUAAAUCUGAAGAAUCUACAAGUCACGAAAGGAUGACAGUACCUGAUGAACUUCUCCCUGAGUUGGAGACAAAUGAUGGUGACAGUAGCAAAGAUGCACCGCUAGAAGAAAAACAAAUGAUUGAGGAAUUAGAUACUAUGGAUUCAACAUCAAAUGUGGAAGCAGAGGAAGCUGAUUCCAAAAUGCGUAUGAAAGAGCUGGAUGAUAUGGUAGAAGAUGAGAUAGAAGAAGAGGAAGAAACAGAUGUCGUUGUACCAGAGACUAAAGAAUCACCUAGCAAUAAACUACAAAGAGAGUCUUCUGAAGAGCUAGAUAAUAAGGGGAAUAUGGAAUUAGAUCAACUAGAAAUGCAUCUUGCUAAAAUUACUGGUGAACAGCAGGAUGUUCCAUCGGCGGAAGUUGUUAGUGUUUCUUCCGAGGUAACGAAUGAUCUUCCCAGCACCGAGGACACGGAAAAGUCCCAAGACAUUAGUUUGAUUUUAGAAGAUGACGAAAGUAUACACAGCACGGAAGACAAGAAGAAAAUAACUGAAGAACAAAUCAUAGAGAAUACAAUUGAAAGUACAGAAUCAGUCGAAUCGUUUAAAGAGGAACCUGUAAUUGUAAUAAAAGAGAAAACUAUCAUCGAAGUAAGUGAACAAUCGCCAGAAAAAUCUCAAGAAGAACACACAGAAGAAACUUUAGAGAUUUAUACAGAUGAAUUUAAGAAAGAAGACACGAAGGAUUCUUCGGAAGAUACAACCAGUUCUAUCCUGCAAGAUAUAGAAAUUAAAGAAGAAGAGAUAGAGGAAACUACCCUUGUAGAAGAUUCUGCUCAACUAGUGUCACCAGAAGAAGUUGAAAUUUCAAAACAAGAAUUUAUGGAGCCUGCUAAAUCUGAAAACGAUGUUCCUAUUAUUAAAAAAGAAGAAAGCACAUUCGAAGAAUCUAAAAUAGAAGAAGAAUCUAAAAUUCGAUUAGAGAAUGUUACUAUGUUAGAAUUAAAAAAGGAAGAUAUUCCUGUAAAGGAAGAAAAAGAAGAUAAAAAGAUUAUAGACAACGAACAAAAUGUAAAAAAGGAAACAGAAUCGAUAGUUAGCGCUGGUGAAGAUACUGUUGAAUUAGAUGAGGAAGAAUCGUCGUUAAGUAAAUUAAGCGGUGGACGUGCUAUGAAAACUUAUUCCAAAAAACAAAACGCAUCUAUUGACAGUGAGCCAGAGAAUGAAGGUACUGGAGAAGGUGCAGAUUACAGAGCAUGGAAAAAGGCAGUUAUGUUAUUUUAUAAUCGUCUUGCCACACAUAAAUAUGCAUCUGUAUUUUUGAGACCUAUUACAGAAGAUCAAGCGCCUGGCUAUCAUUCAGUAAUAUUUAGACCCAUGGAUUUAUCGACAAUUAAAAAGAAUAUAGACAAUGGCACAAUCAGGUCUACAAUACAUUUCCAACGCGAUGUCAUGCUAAUGUUUCAAAAUGCAAUUAUGUAUAAUAAACAUGAUACUUUUAUUUAUAAAAUGGCAAUUUCAAUGCAAGAAGAAUGUCUACAGCAUAUGCAGAUAUUGGUGCAAGUUACAGGAGAGGGAACACUCAGAAGAGAAACAAGAACUGCAGCAAGCAGUAGCAGUGAGGCUAGUGAAAGUAGCAUAAAACGGAAAAGGAGUCACAUUACACCAAGUCCUCAUGAUACAGACAGUCCACGUUCAAAGAAACGUAGAAAAUCAGAGAAUGACUAAGAUUUCCUCUUUAUGUAGGUGUAUGUGGUUAAUAUUGAAGUUCGAAGAAACUGUUUGGAAAACAAAAAAACCAGACAAAUCUGUUCUGUUGACAUAAAAGGAAAGUGUUGGACAUGAAAGAUGCUUAAUGUUUAUAAGACAAAACAAUGACUUCAAUUUUAUUCAAUUACUUUCUUAUAGCAAUGAAGAACAAAACAGGAUAUUUUGCACCGAAUAUAUAAAAUUUGUUUCAUUUGUUUUUAUAACAUACCGGUAUGGUAUUGUAAAUGUACAGUGAAUUUAAUACAUUGAAUUAUUAAUACACCAUUGCUUUACAAAAAUAAGAACUCAUUGAAAUAGGUUUUUGUUUUGGCAAAAAUGUAAUAAAAACAUUUUAAAUAACAACAAAAUAUUUCCAUUAAUCUUGUACACGAGUGAAAUUUCAAAAAGUAGUAGAAAUUGCAUUUCUACAACAAAAAAAGAACCUAUCAUUCCAAA